GAACAAUCCAGUGAUGGCAUUUAAAGGAGCCAAGAAAACUUUUGCAAAUAAACUAGGAUUUAAAAGCAGUGGUUCAAAGGCUGUAGGAGCUGAGCUUGAGAAGCUGAAGAAGGAAAAGGCCCAGCUGAAGAUGACUUUGGAUGAAAUGUCAAAACAAAAUGGAAGGCAUCAUCCUGCACAUCCUGAUUCAGAUAAAGCCAAGCUGCUGGAGAGAAUUUUGUCACUGAGGGAGAGAAACACACAGCAGCUGCUCACUAAAGAACAGGAGAUCUCCAUCAUGAGGCAACAGCUGCAGGCUGAAGGUGGAGAGGUGGUGGCCUCGCUGCAGAACCAGCUGGAUCAGAAGAGUGUUACAAUGGUACCUGUCAAGGGCCUACUGGGUUUAAAUAUUAUUAUUUUAUUGCCUGUACCAGUGUUAGUGUGGAGAGAGGUCUGUCUUUCUGACUACCAUGAUCCAGGUCAGUCAUCUGCCUCCAUGCAGCAGGAGAAGCAGCUGCAGGAGAGCCAGAGGGAGAUGGAGGAGGAACGCAAAAAGGCAAGCCGCCUACAGGUCGAGUUGGUGGAGCUGAAAUCAAAGUAUGAAGAGAAGAGCAGUGAGGUGGUGCGAGUCCAGGAGAAGCUGCAAGUGGAGCGUAGAAGUGUCCGACAAACUUUAGCAGAAGAAAGGAAGCUGAACACUGCGGGAGUACCCAGACUGCAGUGUAAGAUAGAGGCGGCUGACGUAAGGCUUGAGGAGGAGAGGAAGAGAGCUGCCGAGCUGCUACUGCAGGCAAACUAUCUUCAGAAAUCUCUAUUGACUCGGCAUGAAGAUCAGAAAAGAAUGGCUGUUUUAGAGCAACAGAUCCAAUUGUCUGCCAGAGACUUUGAGAACGAGAAAAUGGACCGACAAAGUCUACAGCACCAGCUCCACAAAGUGCUGAUGGAGCUUCACAAGGCUAGAGACCAAAUCACACGCUUGGAGUCGGCAGAAAUCCACUUUCAUCACAUGAUCAGGCUAAACUAAAAUCACCUAAAAUCAACCCAUACAAGAGCUAAGAUGUAGCUUUUGUAUGGGUUGAUUUUAGUUAAUAUACUAUGUUAUUCAGAAUGUAGCUGUAGGUGUUAUGAUGGAGAAUCAGUGGUUCUAAACUGACAUAAAACCCUAUUUAGCAAGACACUUGAUCCGUAACUCUUCAUUUGUAUGUUUAUGGUCAUAUUUAUAUUCAGUAUCA